GCCCGGCCCCGCCGAGCCGCCGCCUGCCCGCGCCGCGCACAGGGGCAGCCAUGGGCAAGCACAGCAGCAAGCUGGCGCCGGAGAUGCUGGAUGACCUGGUGAGGAGCACGGAGUUCAGCGAGCAGGAGCUGAAGCAGUGGUACAAGGGCUUCCUCAAGGACUGCCCCACCGGCAUCCUCAACCUGGAGGAGUUCCAGCAGCUCUACAUCAAGUUUUUCCCCUAUGGAGACGCCUCCAAGUUUGCCCAGCACGCUUUCCGCACCUUCGACAAGAACGGGGACGGCACCAUCGACUUCAGGGAGUUCAUCUGUGCCCUGUCUGUCACCUCCAGGGGCACCUUUGAGCAGAAACUCAACUGGGCCUUCGAGAUGUACGACCUGGACGGGGACGGGAAGAUCACGCGCCUGGAGAUGCUGGAGAUCAUUGAGGCCAUUUACAAGAUGGUGGGGACUGUGAUCAUGAUGAGGAUGAACCAGGACGGGCUGACGCCCCAGCAGCGAGUGGACAAGAUCUUCACAAAGAUGGACAAGGACAAGGACGACCAGAUCUCCCUGGAGGAGUUCAAGGAGGCCGCCAAGAGCGACCCCUCCAUCGUCCUGCUCCUGCAGUGUGACAUGCAAAAAUAGAGCCCUGGGACUCGGGGCUGGACUGGCUGCAGCCAAACUCUGCGCCCUGUGAUGGUUUUGAUCCCCACUUUUCCCCCAUUUGGCCCCAGGCAGGAGCCACAUUCCAUCCCUCCCUCCCAGGGCAGAGUCCUCAGCCUCUCCCACCCCGGAGCUGCACGCCCUGCAGCCACUGGUGUUUCCUGGCCGACCAGGGCCAACUGUUCCCACAUCCCUGUUGCUUUCUUCCUGCUUUGCCCCACUGCUCCACCUGGCCCAUUCCCUGAUCCUAACUGAGACCAGCUCUGUCCCCUUUCUGCUGUUUCUCCCCCACUUCAUGGCUUGUGAUGUCUCCAGGGAGGCUGAAAAGUCCCAAGUCCCUCUCCUGGUUCCUCCUUCGCUGGCAAUUCCCUGGAAAGCUGCCUGGAGAAGCCAGGGCAGGCUCUUGCACCAGCUUUAGCUCUUCCACCUCUGGUUUUCCUGCUGGGAACAGCCAGGGUUGGUCAGGACACUUUAGUGGAGAACAGAAGUGUCCAAAGCCAGCCCUGGCUGUGGCCAGUGUCCCACCCCAGGAGCUGCCUUCCAUCCCAUCAGGUGGGUGACGUCCACAGCUGCCCUGGCUGCUCUGUGGCUUUUCUGACCUUCCUGGAUAUUGAGGCGACGCCUUCGGUCCCAAACCGGGGUGGGGCUCAGGAGUGUGGGUGCAAGGCAGGUCCUGGUGCUGCUCCUGGGGCUGUGGCACCGCUGCGGGGCCGGCUGCGUGCUGCAUGGGGGCUCUGGGGUGGCCUGGAUGGCUCCCGUACCCGCUGAGCCUCUGGCAAAGCUCUGAGGCCACGAGAAACAAAUCUGUCUCCUUCCUCCCCGUCUCAGCCUGCCGCAUCCCCUCCUGUCCCAGGCUGGUGUUUAGUCUGCACGUUGUGGUGUUGAUGGCUGUGGUGUCUUAGGAGAUGGUGAGGUCCUUACCUAUUUUUUUAAUGGAAAAAUAAACUGUCCCCUGUGUGUGGUGUC